CUGUUAAUAUCCAAGAGAAAAUCAAAUUUUACUUGCUAUUUCAAGAUGUUUUAAUGAAAUUAAAAACAAAUUUAGGUGCAAAAUGGAGCAUUUUGAGAGCAAUUGAUUCAUUGAAAAAAUCAUUCGAGAAUCUGAUUGGUUAAUUGGAGUAGCAAUCAAAAAAAUAUUUUUCUGUUUUAGUGAAUAUUUUUCAAUUAUUGUAUAAAAGCAGCAGAUCAAUUAGGAAAAUAUAAGGAGCAUUUACGAAACAAUUUUUUAGACAUUAAGUACACAUACAUCUUUUGACGCUAACUUCCCGACGGUGCGAAAUUGGCUGUUUCUGAAACUCUAUUAUUGAUACCAUUUGCCAACUCGCGAAUAUAGACCAUUACAGACGCCUUUGACGAUUGAUGGGUAGUUGUGACUUUAUCGACUGUGGUGGAAACUUCUUGUCAUUCGUCCCCAGAGCAUGACAAAGCGCCACUAUCGCCAUUUUACUGGCUAUGCUGGUUAUGCUCGACAACGAACCAGCAUGAAGCAGCCGAUGCUUAGUUCGGUAUUUUGUGUUUGCAACGUUGUUCUGCGUCGUUCAAUAUAUAACAUAAAAAUGCGAAAUAUCUACUGUGAAUGACAUGAAUGAAAGGUCAUAAUUGGUAACAGGGAGAGGAAGGCGGCACAUUUUGGAGAACAAAAAAAUAGUAGGCUAUCUUAGAGUUGAGCAGGUUAACCUAACCUCACUUUUUAUGGGGGUUAUACUGUGGAGAUCUAGAGACUAGCGGCUAACAAGUUUUAAAGCAACAAAGUGGAUUUAAGCGAAGGUGAAAAUGUCGUACUUGACUAGGAAAGAAAUUGAUGAGAUGAAGCCUCAGAUAGAGAAGGCAGUCCAUAAAUUUCUGGGUUUUGGUGAACCUGCCAUCGUCACUACUGCUGUCAAUUGCAUUAGCUCUGGUUAUGACAGACGGAAAACUGCAGAUAAGUUGUCUGCACUUCUGGAAGAUAAAAAGGCAGCGAAGUUGACAGAAAAAAUAUUCAUGGUAUACGAUGAUACAAAAGCUGCUCAGAAAUCGAAAAAACGGUCUCAUACUGAUGAUAAAGACAAGGACAAAGAAAUAAAAAAGGCCCGAAUUAGGGACGAUGAGCCUAAAAAUGAAAAGACUACAGAAGCACAGUUGUCUGCGGAUAAAAUCAAACAAAUGAUGGUUAAUGCGCAAAGAGAAAUAGAAGAAAGAAAAAGAGCUUUAAAAGCAAUAAAACAGGAAGAAGUACCUCCAGUGAGACCACUCUUCAAGGCUCGAGAUUCGUUACCCAAUGUUGGCAGUAUGUAUAAUCAGGGCCUUCUCAGUAAAACUGAUUCAGAUAAGGCUAGAAAAAUUGCUGCGCUUCAAGCUCAAAUCAGAAACAAAUUGAGUUCAGGCUUAUUAAGUAACGUUAGCGUGCCUGACAAACCGACACCUCUCAUCCUGGACGAGUCCGGUAGAACGGUCGACAUUACAGGCAAGGAAGUUCAGUUGACUCAGGUUGUUCCUACAUUGAAAGCAAACAUCAGAGCGAAAAAGCGUGAAGAAUUCAAAGCGCAAUUACAAGAAUCAAAAGGUCCCGAAGAGAUUCAAGAUACGCAUUUCUUUGAUACAAGAAUCGGUGUAAAAUCUGCAACGCGUGUGAAGCGCGGCCUAAAGUUCCAUGAGCCAGGAAAGUUCCAGCAACUUGCAGAGCGAAUUCGCAUGAAAGCACAACUCGAAAAACUCCAAAACGAGAUAAGUCAAAUAGCUAGAAAAACCGGAAUUAGCUCGGCCACGAAGUUAGCCUUAAUUGCUCCUAAAACAGAAGCCUUAAACGAAGACGUUCCCAACGUAGAGUGGUGGGAUUCUGUCAUCCUCACGGGUGGUUACGCUAAUGAAGGUGAACCAAUGCCCGUUAAAAAUUCUACGAUUACAAAUCUAGUUGAACAUCCCACUCAAAUGAGACCGCCUACUGACCCUCUGAAACAAAUCUACAUGCCAGUCUUCCUAACGAAGAAAGAACGAAAAAAGCUUAGGCGCCAAAAUCGACGAGAAGCUUGGAAGGAGGAACAGGAAAAAAUUCGAUUAGGAUUGGAACCGCCCCCGGAACCCAAAUUACGAAUUUCAAAUCUAAUGCGAGUACUCGGCACGGAAGCGGUUCAAGAUCCCACAAAAAUAGAAGCGCACGUUCGUCAGCAAAUGGCCAAGAGAUUAAAAGCUCACGAGGACGCAAACGCAGCGCGAAGACUCACUGCAGAUCAACGGCGUGAGAAAAAAGCUCGCAAACUCAAAGAAGACACAAGUUUGGGUGUACACGUAGCUGUUUACAGAAUACGAGAUCUGCUGAACAACGCAUCAAAGAAAUUCAAAGUAGAAGCUAACGCAAAGCAACUUUACUUGACUGGAUGCGUUAUGCUAUUCCGUGACUGCAACGUCGUUGUCGUCGAGGGUGGCGCCAAACAGCUGAGCAAGUAUAAGCGGCUGAUGAUGCACAGAAUCAAGUGGGAGGAGGAUAUUGUGAAAGACAACGAUGGUAACGACGUGCCUAACAAAUGCGUUCUCGUGUGGGAAGGCACAAGUAAACAACGGCAUUUUGGCGAGAUAAAGUUCAAGGUCUGCCCAAUAGAAAAAAUGGCUCGCGAGCAUUUUAAAAAGCAUCAAGUCGAGCAGUACUGGGAUCUCGCUUACAGCGGGGCCGUCCUAGAUAAUACAGACGAUAUCCGCUCCUAGGAGCUAGGACCAUAAAUAAUAUUGGAGCGUCAGGUCAAUCGAACGCUUACAUAAGAAAUAGAA